AUGCUUCUCUCUCCUGCCGCCCUCGUCGUGGGCAUCUCGCUGUCCGUCAUCCUGCUCCUCUACAAGUUCAUCAUCUACCCCGCCUUUCUAUCUCCGUUUAGCAAUCUCCCGGCGCCUCAUUGGUCAUGCCACAUCGCUCCCUUUUGGCUCUGGUGGGCCAAGUACUUCCACCAUGAAAAUCGCCUUCUUCACCUGAAUCACCUGUCCAAAGGCGUGGUCCUGCGUUUGUCUCCGGGAAUUCUAAGCGUCAGCGUGCUUGAGGGGACACCGAAGCCUUUGAUUUCGGGCGGUUUCCUCAACACUGAGCUCUACUCUCCAGGUUUUCCCAACACUGAGCUCUACUCUCCAGGUUUUCCCAACACUGAGCUCUACCCUCCACCUGUUCCCCUCAACGAGGACGACGAUAUCUUCACCUUCGAGGAUAACGCAGACCACCUCUCACGCAACCGCAUCAUCUACAACACCUUCUCCAACUCGGUCGUCCUCAGUUCCCCUACCGCCCAGGACUCGCUCAACGAUGUGAAGCCAAGUAACAUCGAGGAGGGCUAUGCCAACCGCCUCGCGAGCCCAAGCGACAUGUUUGAGCACAAUUCGGCCGCGCAUGAGACCAGCGGGAACACCUUUGCGUAUGCCUACGGCGAUCCCUCUCGCCAACCCAAGGUCCAGAAGAAGCUCAGAGAGGAAGCUCGCACGCUCGAACCCCUUUUGAAGCCCCCCCAGACGACUGUCGAGCUUACCUUUCUGGCCGCCAAGGACGUGAAGCCAUGUACCUACCCGAGGCCGCCAUCAUUGAGACCCAUGGUCUAUACCGAUCUGUCCCCGGCGUUCACUCCCGACUUGUCCCACCUAGACAGAGGUCACGACAACAUCCCCGCCGGCACGAUUGUUCAGCGCUACGCCUACGUUCUUCACCGAACCACUGGGAUCUUUCUGAACCAGAGAGAUGGAAUCCCGACCGGUGGAUCAAUGCAAGAAAGGAGUAGCUGGGCGAGAUGUGCCGCUACUUCUGGGCCUUUGGCAGCGGCGGAUCAUAAUGUCAGAAGUGUUUACAGCAAUUGCACCCCGACGAUACACGAUCAUGGAGGAAAUAUGACUUUGAUUGAUGCUUAUCUGGCCGGCCCCAAGGGACAUAGGCUUCAGAUCAAGUUUGAGAAGAGUUCAAGAGUAGAUCAUGAUGUUAAA